AUGGACUGGUCCGAGUAUCAGGCGCGGGUGGCGCUGCACGAUCAGCAUCUGGAGAGCUUGUUGGCCACGGCUCGGGCCUAUGCAGAUACAUACCAGGAGCUGCAAGCCCGGCACUGUCUGCGUGCCACGGCCCCUUCUAGCUUGCUGCGCCGACGCGCGGCUGAUUUGCAACGCCAAGCCGAGACAAGCUGCAAGCGCAACAUCGGCCUUAAAGCUCGACCCGCAAUGAGCAAUGUGGCCACGGCCGGUCCGAGCCCCGACACGGUGCACCACGUGCCACUCACCGUGACACCCACCCCUCUUCCCACCAACUCCCCACGGCGCCAGAUGGCCCUCACAUGA